CUGUCCCGUGCCCGUGUCCCAGAGAGGAGCCGUGCACUCCCGGGUCCCCCGGGCGGGCGGAGGCGCAGGCACCGGGCAGGGCUGACGGCCCCGCGCCGCAGCUCCCGGCUCCCCGCGUCGUGCUCCCGAGUGCCUCUAAUUGGAUUGCCGUGAUUUCUGCCCUUCCUAAAGCGGCGGGCGGCGGGGGGAACGGCCCGGGGGAGGCGGGGGGAGGCGGUGGGCGGCUCUCGGCUCCGGGCUCCGCCGGCGCGGCCGCUCCGCAGCCCAUAAAGCGCGGCGGGAGCGCGGCGGGGCCGCGGCCAUGCAGUGAGAGCCCGCCGUGGGACCAGCCCCGCUCCGGCCUCGCCACGGGAGCGCUGCGAGGGACACACCGCCCCAGCUCAAGAUGCAGAGGUGCACCGGAUUCCUGUUUCUGUCUUUAAUCCUUUGUGCCGCCCUCUCGGAAACACUCGGGCUGGUUUUCUCAGCGAAAGACAAAAGGGGUUGGACUUUGAAUAGUGCUGGUUAUCUACUUGGGCCACAUGCAGUAGAUAACCACAGAUCGUUUAAUGACAAGCAUGGUUUCACUGGUAAACGUGAAAUACCGCCCGAUGAGGAUAUUAAAGCAGGGAGCCUUGGAAGACCCCUGGCUGAUGAAAACAUUGUGCGCACAGUAAUUGAAUUUUUGACCUACUUGCAUCUGAAAGAGGUGGGAGCACUUGACAAGCUACCUACACCAGAGGAAAUGAACCAGUCUUGAAGAAUGCGUUUUUAUUUUGUUGCAGUGUAGAUUUAGACUGAAUUCUAAACAAAAAACCAAAAUGACCUGAAGUUAAGAAGUAUUGUUUGCAUUGAUUUGAUAAAUGGCAAACAGUGUUCUGCCCUCUGGUUGGUUUGUUGGAUUAUUUUUUGCUUUUUUUUUCCCUUUCCCUCCCUCUCCUGCAAUGUCAUCGUGUAUAAUUUUGCUUUGGUCAAUUUUUUCUGUAGGUAAAUGAUAAAAUAAAAAUAAAGAGCAACAAA